GAUUGGUUAAAACUUCUAGACGGUCUGGAUUAACGGUACGCGUGGUAUUUUACAGUCAGUAAACUACACACCAGCUCUAGUUAAAACGCUUUACUUAAAACAGCGUUAACACCAUUCCGCUUUCGUUUUCCUAGCAUGGCUACAGCACACGACAGAGCGGUUCUUCAAACUAUAUUCACCCCGACCACCCCAUUCGGAGAUGUGCCUGGCUUGAACAGAGUGGAGGACCUGAAAGAUGACGACAACGAGUUCGACUCACACCUUUUGAAGCAGGUGAAGGACUUGGAGCUUCAGGGUGUUGCGGCAGCAGAAUUGGGCGACUUGCCCACUGCACUAGAGCGCUUCAAUGAGGCCAUCGAGGUACUGCCAGAGAGAGCUUCUGCCUAUAACAACCGAGCCCAGACGCGUCGGCUUCAGGGUGACACUGAAGGAGCGCUGGAGGAUCUGGAGCAAGCCGUUUCUCUGAGUGGAGGUGCAGGUUAUACUGCCUGUCAAGCGUUGGUGCAGAGAGGCCUGCUGCUCCGUCUGGCAUGUCGGGACGAGGAAGCGCGUGUGGACUUUGAGCGCGCAGCGGCACUAGGCAGCGAGUUUGCCCGGCACCAGGCAGUGCUGCUCAAUCCCUAUGCUGCGCUCUGCAACCGCAUGCUAUCCGGGGUCAUCAACAAACUGCGCAACCCGGAGAUUAAUGGGUCACAUGAUCCAUAGGCGGUGGAGUUUAACAGGCUAAUUUGGACAAGAGAUGAUACAUGCACCAGUUUCCAAUUUGAUUGUCAGUUCCGGAAAUUAUUUGUAACUCAAUUCAAACUAUUGCAAAAUAGGCGCUUUGACAGUUUUUUCAAUAAAUGAACUAAUUUCCUGAGUUAACUGAAUUGAAAUGGAACUGACCUCAAUGCGGACCUGUGGACAUGUGUGUGUCUUUUUUCCUUACUACUUCUGUUUCUUAUUCUGGUACCUGUAAAAUUUUCAGACGUGCCUGCCACCUUGUCUUUACUGGAAUUUAGAGGCUACUUGAUGCCAGCCCUCAUAUAUUAUUCAGGUAAAAUAAUUAUCAAUUGAAAACAGUUAAUAAACACAGUGUCGCUCAA